CUGCAGUUGGGUUAAGUACUGCUUUCAGACAGACCGGCCGGACCGUCUGUUUACUCUGACCAUCAGACAUCCUGAACUUGGAUUUGGACAAAUUUCUUUUUUUUCUUCAAGCUUUAAUUACUAUGAAGUAAAGUUUGCACUUAUCAUCGCAUUAUUGCAUUUUUUUUUUUUUGCAUUUAAUUUUUGUGCACUUGUGGAGACAAGAAACACAUAUGGACACUAAUGGAGACUGCUGUUAUAGGAAUCUCAGUCUAAACAUUUUUUUACUGUAGUUUUUCUCUGUGUUCUUUUCUUUCACCGGUGCUUACCUCCUUCAUUACAUCUGACAAUGCGAGUGAUUGUUUUAUCUGCCGUUAUUUUGCUGAUGGUCCGUGCCGAGCCCAAGUCCAAAGCCUGCCCUGCACGCUGUGAUGUGAGCGCGUGCCCGAGCCCGAGUUGCCCGAGCGGUUACGUGCCGGACCGCUGCGGAUGCUGUCUCGUGUGCGCGCGUGCCGAGGGUGAAUCGUGCGGCCGCGCGCACGACCUGCCCUGUGGAGACGGGCUCGAGUGCAAACAUCCCGCAGGGAAGCGGCUCUCUAAAGGCGUGUGUCAGUGCCGCUACUCGGCCAAGGUGUGCGCCAGCGACGGUAACACAUAUUCCAACGUGUGCCAGCUGAAAGCCGCGAGCCGCAAAGCACUGCAGCAAGGCCUGCCGGGAUUGAGCUCUGUGCACAAGGGCCCGUGCGAGAGUGGCCGAGGUCCCACACACCCCAACAGCCCAAGGUAUAAAUUCAACUUCAUUGCUGAUGUGGUGGAAAAGAUCGCUCCAGCUGUGGUUCAUGUGGAACUCUUUCUAAGCCACCCACUGUUUGGCCGGACUGUACCACUGUCAAGUGGCUCAGGCUUCGUGAUUUCAGAGACUGGGCUGAUUGUAACAAAUGCUCAUGUCGUGUCUACCACCACGCCUGUGUCAGGACAUCAACAGCUUAAAGUACAGAUGCACGAUGGGGAUGUAUAUGAGGCUACAAUUAAAGACAUUGACAAAAAGUCUGACAUUGCCACCAUCAAAAUCAACCCACAGAAAAAACUGUCACUCCUGUUGCUGGGUCACUCAGCAGACCUGCGGCCUGGCGAGUUUGUGGUUGCUAUUGGGAGUCCGUUUGCUUUGCAAAACACAGUGACCACAGGAAUCGUCAGCACAGCUCAAAGAGAUGGAAAAGAACUGGGCAUUCGGGACUCAGACAUGGAUUACAUCCAGACUGAUGCAAUCAUAAAUUAUGGGAAUUCAGGUGGCCCCCUUGUCAACCUGGAUGGAGAGGUGAUCGGAAUCAACACCCUCAAGGUAGCAGCAGGGAUCUCCUUCGCCAUUCCUUCAGACAGAAUAACCCUCUUCCUCAAUGAUUCCAUGGGGAAGCAAAGCAAAGAAUUGAGAUCAGUAAAGAAGCGUUUCAUUGGAAUUCGCAUGCUCACUAUAACUGAAGCUCUGGUAGAGGAGCUGAAGCAGCAGAACCCAGACUUCCCUGAUGUUAUCAGUGGAAUCUACGUCCAUGAGGUGGUUCCUCACUCUCCUGCUCAAAAAGGGGGAAUCAAGGAUGGCGACAUCAUCGUAAAGCUGAACGGCCGGCCGUUAACCAGCACCAGUGAACUGAAGGAAGCGUUGAUGGAGGACACAGCUCUGCUGCUGGAAGUCCGACGAGGCAACGAUGAUUUGCUGUUCAACAUCGAGCCUGAUGUUAUCAUGCAGUGACACAAUUAUGCACCUUACCAUUUGCUCUGGUAAUGCAGGAACAAACAGGAAAACAUGGCUGGCACACCAGCAGCCACAGAGCUUUUAACACAACGAACCCCAAAAACACAACUGAGUAGCAUUUUCCCUGGUGUGUUUUCCAAAAUACUUUUGCCAAAAUACUGUACAUAUAUGGAUGGAGGUGAAACGUCUUGUAUUAUUUAGUUUCUGGUGAAUAAGGAAAUGUAUAGUACUGUACUGCUUUUUAAAGACAAUGCUGGUGAUAUUGAAAAGCAGCUAGAUUUGUGCCUGAGACCAUUCCACAGGCCAGGGUGAAGCAGAGUGAGUGAUGUAGAUGGUCAGUAUGCCAUCUUUGCAUUUUAAUUUGUGUCAAGACAUCACAAUUUAAAAAAAAAUGGAAUGCAUUAGUGAAUUGUUGUAUAAAAUGUGACAUCCUAUUGCUGUUCACUUUAUAACUGUCUUUUGAUAACUGAUAUCUACUUUUGUAACAACUGUAAGCAAAUUUCUUUGUUUAAGUCAAAAUGUUUACAAUUGUGUCUGCUGGUUCAUACCAAUAAAGGCAGAAUUUCUGAA